CUGGUAGCGAUUCAAGCAAUUAUUAAGGUAGAUCGGAACUCAUGUAGAAUGAUCAUGAUCGUGGGUGUAAAGUUUGUGAUCUGAAGGAGUUCACAAGUUUCAGAAUGUUUACAAUGACGUCAUUGUUUGUUAUUCAACACACCUGUAAAUUAAAAAAAACUUCAAGUCAAGAAAGAGAGAGAAUUCCGAAAGAGAGUGAAGUGUGCCUCACAUCUGAUUCCACAUGUGUUUGUGUUAAAAACCUGUUUUAAUUCCAAUAAGAAAUUUAUAUAAAGUCUCUCUCAAUUCUUGUUCAUGUGGGCAGUCACACACCACCGUAGAUCGCGAUCUUCUCACACAAAACACUUCCAUUUACGAGUAAAGUCUCUUUCUUUACUUCCAUUAAAGUCGUUUUUAAGUUUCAUACUUUUCAAAAAGUUGAGAGCGAAUGAAGACAGACAAAACACUUUAGUCCCCUAUUGAGUUUCGAAUCGAACAGAUCGUGAUCAUAAAAUAAUUUUUUUUUGUUUUUGUUUGUUUCUCUUUCAACGCAGCUAUUAGUCAGCUGCAGUUUGAGAAGAACUCUUUUUUUUUCAUAUCUUUAAAGUGGUUCAUUUGAAUAUUCAAAUUUACUUCUAUUCUUACUUCUAAGUACGAAGAAAAUUCGUCUUUAUUGUUUUGUUGAAGUUUUUGAAAACAAUUAAAAGUUAAUUAAAGACGACAAAGUGAAAAUAAGAAGAAUCGCGUCCAGGGUGACUUUAAAAGUAAAUAAAAAAAAAAAAAAAACUAUAAAAGCAGUCACUCGCUGGACUGUCGUGUUUGAACGAACAAAUGGGAAAGAAGAGGAGUGAUUAGCACCUGAGGAAUCCACAUCAUCGUUACUUGUUGUGUUAUUAUUACUAUUACGAAAGAAAAUAAGAGCCAGAAUAAAUAGUAAUUAUUGUGAAUAUAAGAAGUAACAAAGAAAAUUUAUAGACACUGCGAAAUUCAUGUGCCAUUUUUGUGAAAUUAAGAAUAAAGACACAAAAAAAAAGUUAUUUUUAUGUGAAGUGAAAUAAAAAUCAAGAACAAAAGAAGUGAAAUAAUAAAAUCCAGUCAUUCAUUAUGUCACAUCAGUCAUAUUAUAAAGAUCGCUUGGGAUUUGAUCCACGCGAGGCACUUUACGAUGGUCCCGUAAAAGGCUCGCCGCGUGGUCACUCUCAUUCACGUGAAAAUAGUCAAUACUCAACCAAUGGAAAUGAUAAUUAUGCAACACCGCCGAAAAGGAAUAAGCAUUCUGCAUCUUAUCAACAACAGCCGCAUGAAACAACACCGCAAGGCGGCUAUGAGGAUGCACUUACACAAUUUAAAGACGAACGCGAUGCAAUCCAAAAGAAAACUUUCACAAAAUGGGUCAACAAACAUUUGAAAAAGGUCUCGAGACGAGUUGAUGAUCUGUUCGAAGACUUACGAGAUGGACACAAUUUGUUAUCACUACUUGAAGUAUUAUCUGGUGAACAUUUGCCUCGAGAGAAAGGACGAAUGCGAUUUCACAUGCUCCAAAAUGUACAGAUGGCUUUGGACUUUUUAAGAUACAGAAAAAUUAAGUUGGUUAACAUACGGUCUGAGGAUGUCGUUGAUGGGAAUCACAAACUCACAUUGGGUCUCAUCUGGACGAUCAUCUUGCACUUCCAGAUUUCCGAUAUUGUCGUUGGACAAGAGGAUAAUAUGACAGCACGUGAAGCGCUCCUUCGUUGGGCACGUCGUUCAACAGCUCGUUAUCCAGGCGUUCGUGUUAAUGACUUUACAGCAUCAUGGCGUGAUGGUUUGGCAUUCUCUGCUCUCAUACAUCGAAAUCGUCCCGAUUUGUUGUCAUGGAGUGAGUCAAGACAGAAAAGGACACGUGAGCGACUUGAAACUGCAUUCCAUGUCGUUGAGAAGGAAUAUGGUGUUACGAGACUUCUCGAUCCAGAGGAUGUCGACACAAAUGAACCAGAUGAGAAGUCAAUGAUUACAUAUUUGAGUUCACUGUAUGAUGUCUUCCCAGAACCACCACAAAUGCAUCCAUUAUUUGAUAUGGACUCUCAACGUAAGGUUCAAGAUUACCGUGAAACAGCACAACAACUAUUGUAUUGGUGUCGCGAGAAGACAUCAUUAUUACAGGAGAGAUCCUUUGGAACGACAUUAAUUGAAUUGAAACGAUUAUUAACGGAAUUGAAUAAGUUUAGAAAUGAGGAAAUUCCACCACGUCAUCGCGAUAAGCAGCGAUUAUUUUCCACUUAUAAGGAACUCGAAAGAUAUUUUGAAUCAAUUGGUGAAAUUGAAGUUGAAGCCGACUUACGUCCAGAUUCAUUAGAAAAGGCAUGGAAUAAAUUAUUACAAUCACUUACUGAUCGUGAACACAUUUUACAGACAGAGAUCAGUAAAGUUGACAACAUUCAGCGUUUAGCUGAGAAAGUUCAUCGUGAAAUCAAAAUCACCGAGCAGCGUAUAACUAGUCUUGAAGUACGAAUCUCAGAAGAGUCUCGUCGCAUUGAUCGUCUACAUCCGAUUGAUGCAAAAAAUACUGUCGAAGGUUUAGAGACAGAAAUUCGUCAUUUAGAACAUCCAAUACAGGAGAUGAAUCAUGAUUGUCAUUUGUUGAAAGAGAAUCGAUAUCCACAAGCAAGUGACUUACAGAAGCGUGUCACAAAGUUACAUCAACGCUGGACACAACUUCGUACUGAUUUCAAUACAACUCUGUUACAAAAACUUGCCGGCAUGAAAUAUCCAGUGCAUGAAAAGACAGUCAAGAAGGACAUUCGAACAGUCGUUGAGCAACGACAAGUUGGAACAAAUCCGUACUUUAGAGAUUUACAAGAAUAUACAGAAUGGUGUCAACAUAAAUUGAAGCAGCUAUUAGGCAGCGAUUUCGGUGGUGACUUACCAUCUGUUAAAGUCGAACUUGAACGUCACCAACAAGAGCAUAAAAUCAUCGAUCAAUUCCAUUCCAAAAUUCAACAUGCUGAAAGACAACAAACAAACUUUACCGGUGAUGAAUUGAAUCUGUAUCAACAGAAAUUGAGUCAAUUGCAGAAACUCUAUGCUGAGUUAUUGACGACGAGCACAAAGAGAUUAUCGGAACUAGAUGCACUUCAAGAUUUCCUCACAACAGCAACAUCUGAACUUCAAUGGCUUCAUGAACGUGAACAAAUUGAAAUUACUCGCGAUUGGGCAGAUAAGAAUUUAGAUUUGCCUGCUGUGCAUCGUUAUUAUGAGAACCUCAUGUCAGAAUUAGAAAAGCGUGAGAUGCACUUUGCUACAAUCUUAGAUCGCGGUGAAGCCUUGUUGCUCCAACAACAUCCAGCAUCAAAAACAAUCGAGGAACAUCUUCAAGCACUCCAAUCUCAAUGGUCAUGGCUUCUCCAACUCACAUUAUGCUUAGAAGUUCAUCUUAAGCAUGCGACCGAGUACCAUAAUUUCUACACGGAAAUUAAGGAUGCAGAAGCAUGGCUCGCAAAACGUGACGAUAUUCUGAAUACUAAAUAUUCGCAAUCAGAAUUCGGAUUGGAUCAAGGUGAGUCAUUAUUGCGUGGUAUGCAGGAUAUUCGUGAGGAAUUAAAUACAUUUGGUGAAACCGUCCAAUUAUUACAACAACGUGCCCAAAAUGUUGUGCCAUUAAAGCAGCGUAAGCAGCCUGUUAAUCGUCAAUGUCAAGUUCAAUCAAUUUGUGCCUAUAAGCAAGGUGGUCAAGUUAAUUUAGAUAAGAAUGAAACAUGUACAUUAAUUGAUACAUCAGGACGUGUUAAAUGGCGUGUACGUACACAAAAGAAUGUCGAAGGUACCGUACCUGGAGUAUGUCUCUUACUUCCACCACCUGAUGCUGAAGCUAUCGAUGCAGCUGAACGUUUGAAGCGACUUUUUGACAGAACAGUUGCAUUAUGGCAGAAGAAACAGCUCCGAUUGAGACAAAACAUGAUUUUUGCAACUAUUAAGGUAGUUAAAGGAUGGGACUUUGAUCAAUUCUUAGCAAUGGGUGCUGAACAAAGAACAGCUAUUCGUCGUGCACUUAAUGAUGAUGCUGAUAAGUUAUUGGCUGAAGGAGAUCCAUCAGAUCCACAAUUGAGACGAUUAAGACGUGAAAUGGAUGAAGUUAAUCGAUUGUUUGACGAGUUUGAGAAGAGAGCAAGAGCCGAGGAGGAGAGCAAACAAGCAAGCAGAAUCUUCACAGAAGAAUGCAUCGGAUUAAAAUCACGUCUCGAGGAUAUGGCACGUGAAUUAGAUCACAUUAUUCUUUCGCCAAUGCCAAGAGAUCUUGAUUCAUUGGAACAUGCCGUGCAAAUCCUUGAAGAUUAUCGUCGUCGAUUGAACUUAUUGGAACCAGAUCUAAAUCAUUUACAAGAGACAUUCAGAACAAUUACAUUAAAGACACCAGCAUUGAAAAAGAGUUUGGACAGCUUGAAAGAAUUAUGGAAAGAACUCAACACACAAGCCGGUCUUCAUGCUGAUCGAUUGAAAUUGCUCGAAGGUGCACUUGCUGGUCUUGAAGAAAACGAACAAGUCAUUUCGGAACUUGAAGGUCGUCUCUCACGUCAUAUUGAAAUGCCAUCUACAGCUGAAGGUCUUCAUGAUGUUUUCAAGCAAUUGUCAACUCUUCAGGACAUUAUUACACAACAACAGCCACAAAUGGAUAAGAUGAAUGAUCAAGCUGAUCAACUUGGACGCAUGGGAGUUCCAACAAAGGUUCUUAGCGACUUGAAACGUCUUCAUGCUAAUGUUGAGAGGUUGAAUACUCGAUGGAAUAAUAUUUGUGUGCAAUUGGCUGAAAGAUUAAGAAGUGUCGAGCAAGCCAUAGGAUUAAUGAAAAAUCUACAAACCAGCAUUGUCGUUGAGGAAACAUGGGUCGAGAAGCAGACAGAGAAGCUUCAAAGUCUUCCAACAGCAACAUCAGCUCGUGAAUUGGAUAAUAUGUUGGGAUCAGCUGUUGAGCGAAAACCAAAAGUGGAGCAAGUUAACGUGACUGGUGGUCGACUGCUUAGAGAGGCAAAGAUCUAUGAUGGAAAAUGCUCACACUAUAUUGAUUGGUUGACGGAAAUUCGACCAAGCUUUUCUCCACCACGUCGUGACAUUCGAAUGGGUGAGCCAGGUGCUGGUGAAAUUUAUACACAAAGAUUGGAUAAUUUAAAUUCAAAAUAUGAAUCGUUGGUGCAAUCACUGUCACAACGUUUACGUACAUCGAUUGAGGUUAAUGGUGCUGAUGGAUUGAAUUAUGCUGAAUCGUUGCAUCGUCCAUUAAGAACUUAUCGUACUUGCUUAAAUAUGGGCGCUUCCGGUACUGAUGAAAUUGAUAAUAAUGAUGAAACUUACAUUAGCUAUAGCAAGUCUGAAUUAACAUCGAGUAAGCGUACAACUGUCUAUCAAAGUGAAAAGAUUCCAUCGCCAAAUGGAAAUGUAAAUGGAAGUAAUAAUGAUAAUGAUAAAAUGAUAAAGUCAUUAGAAUUCUCUGAAAUUCGCUCAACGAAACGAAGUCACAGCAUGAAAGAUUCAGAAGGCACAAGAAUAUUAGAUACGCCGGGUAUAUUAGAUCCAACAACGGGUAAUGUCUUAACAGUUGCUGAAGCAAUUAAAUUACAUCUAUUGGAUGUACGAACGGGCGAAAUGAUACUGAUAUCAGGCGAGAAGAUGAGUCUCGAAAAGGCUGCAGAACAUAAGUUAAUUGAUGCAGAUUUAGCUGUUAAAUUAAGUGAUCAUUUAGAUGCGGUACGUCGUGAGCUAUCAGAAGCAGAAAAUGGUCAUGAUACAUCUGAAAAGCGUGUAAAGGUAACAACCUCAACAGCCACAAUAUCUCCAUCAAAUAUUAAGACAAUUGCUGAUGCCAUAAAAGAUGGAACCGUUGAUCCAAUUCAGGGCAUAUAUAAGCUACCUGAUGGUAGUUCAAUUACCAUAACUGAUGCCUAUCAACGUGGCCUAUUGAUUAAAAAUGAUUCCGUUAAAAUUAAAUCAACGCCAUUAUGUCUUGCUGAUGCCAUUUCGUAUGGCUUAGUUGAUCAAUCGGGUUGGGUUGUCGAUCGUAAUGCCGGUGAUAAAUUUCGACUUGAUUCGGCAAUCGAGAACGACUUAAUUUUAUCAAAUUGUCAAGAGAUUGUUGACACCCGGAACGAUAUUAAAGUAACUGUUGCAGAUGCAAUUGCAUCGGGUCUAUUAAAUGCUAAAACCGGUCGCUAUAUAAAUCCAAUAACAAAAGAAAAAUUGACAUUCAGUGAAGCGAAAAAUCGUCAACUGAUUGUACGUCCAAUGACAUUGAAAGAUGUGUGUGAUUUAAAUUUAAUUGAUCGUGAUGGAAUGAUUUUUUCACCAACACGUCAGCGUCAGUUGAAUAUUUUAGAUGCGAUAAAGGUUGGCAUUUUAGAUGGUGAUAAGAUUAAUUCAAUAUCAUUAGGAAAUGAAAAUUCAGAAUUGAUAACAUUGAAUGAAGCUAUAGGUAGCGGUGUAGUGGGUCUUAAUAAUAAUUUUAAAAAUUCAACAACAAAUGAGUUGAUGACGAUACAAGAAGCUGUUGAUGAAGGUUUAAUAUCAUCUGUUUCGCAAAAAUCAAUAUUUGAUAUCGAUGGAUUUAAAGAGACAUUUUCGAAUGACUUUAUAUCACUCAAUGAUUCACUUUCGAAAGGCGUGCUUGUGCGUUCACAUGAUAGUUUUAAAAUUGACAUAGGAAAGAACCAAUUAAUUACUUUAUCAGAUGGUAUUGGUAUGGGUGUUGUCAGGUCAGAAGUUAAUGAAAUGUUGAAUCGUCGUGUGGGUGUCUUUAUGAAUGGUCGUGAGCUUUCUGUACUCGAUUUAGUACUGUAUGAUUUAAUUGAUCCGAAAUCAGGUUAUUUAAUUGAUAAUUCGCAAUUUGUUCCGCUUAAUCAAGCAAUUGAGAGAAAGAUUAUAACACCGGAAGGUGCGUUGCUUUUAAGUUCCUUACUUAAUAUAACAUUAACAACAGAGACUGUCACGAAAAUGGAAAAACGUUAUAUAACAAUUGCCAAUACACAAAUUGCUGACUAUCCAGAUGAGACUUUAUUGCCUGAGUCUGACGGCAGUUUGAAACUUGCUGAUGCAAUUGAGCAGAAAAUUUUCGAUCCAUCUUCCGGUAUCUUUACCAUUCCAAAUACUGAUAGAUUAGUAAGUUUUGAGGAGUGUAUACAAUUGGGUCUCAUUAAUCCCGAGUCAUUGAGAAUCGUUGAUCCAAAAUAUAAGGAAGAGAUUAAUGUUCAUCGUGCAUUGGAGCGAAAUCUUUUAGACGCGACUGGGCAUUACAGGUCACCAGAUGGAUGGAUACCGAUGAAUCAGAGUAUUGAGAAGGGAAUUAUUAAGUUACAGGAGGAAACAAGACCAACAUCAAUUUCACAUAUUACAACAACUACGUAUGAAGUUCCACCAUUGCCAUUAUCAAAAAUGCCAAGUAAGGAUGACUUGACAAGUCCUGAGCCACUUGAAAUCUCACCAGGCAUAUAUUAUGAUCCAUCGACGGCUCUUGUGAUUGACAUGAAGACUGGAAAAUCUGAAAAUAUCAUUCAAGCCGUAAAAGACAAUCUUAUUGAUCCAAAAUCUGUGAAAAUUAUUGAUCAUUCCACGGGUGAUGCCAUAUCAUUUGAUGAUGCAAUAAAAAAAGACAUAAUAUCGCCAUAUUCUGGUGAAAUAAUUGACUCGACUGGGAAGAGAACUUCAUUAAUUGAUGCUGUGAAAACUGGACUGUUAAUUGUUGUUGGCGCACCUGUCGUUGCCGCUGCUGGUGCUAUUAAUUCAUUAAAACUAGUAUUUGAUCCAUCUACAAAUCAACACAUACCUGUUGAACUUGCAUACGAGCGUGGGCUUGUUGGACGUGAUGAAAUCAGUGACUUUACUCACUCAGAGACUCGCUCUGCACUUGUGUCACAGAGAUCAAGCUUUGAUAUUCCAACACCUAAGGAUAUGGCAACUCCAUCAAAAUCGAGAAAACAUUCCGUGAGUGAGGAAAGUAUGGAUAUACCAAUUGAACGACCUGUUCCAAUACCAAGAAAGUCAUUAACUGGUGAUGCUAACAUCCAACUAGAUGACAAUAAGCCAAAGGAUGAAAAAUCUCCAAUUUCCUUUGAAAAAGUUCCAAUUUCAACAGAGCAAGCACCAAAAGCUCCUGUAAAAGUUUCAAUCUCCUCUGAAAAAGCUUCAAUUUCCUUUGACAAGUCUCCAACACAAGUGAGUGUAAAUGAAGCACUUCAACGAGGUCUUUUAGAUCUGAAAAAUGAUUCGUACACAGAUCCAAACACAAAUGACAUCAUACCAAUUAAGGAUGCAAUCAAUAAAGGCUUAUUAGUGUCAUCGACAGCAGAAAAUGUCGAAGAUGAAAUUCUGAAUAUUUCACCUGUUCACGUACCGAACAAAAAAGAUGAAAAGUCAUCAGAGACAUUAAAUGAGUCAAUUAAGCCAAUUCCAGCAAAACGUAAAAGCAUUGAGUCAGCAUCACAAGAUGAGAAAAAUUCUGUGAUAGAAACUUUAUCAAGUGAUGAAAUUUCAACAAAGGAUGUAGAUAAAGUUGCUGCCGAGAAAAUUGGUGAUGAACUUUUGGAAUCAUCGACGAAAGACGAGAAGAAUAAGAGCAAUCAGCAGAUUCUAGAUUCAUUUAGUGUUGGCGGUGAUGAUGAAAAUUUAAAGCAGAAUGUUGAAAGUAAAGCAAGAGUUCCGGAUGUUGUUGAUUCAAGUUUUUCACGCGAUAUUAAAGCUAUGCAUCCAACAAACAUUGAAAAGGAUUUAAUCGGAAAUGAAGAAGAAAGUGAAAUAAUAAGUUCUAAGAAGAAUGAUGAGGAGCAAGUCAUGCGUGAUGCUGAUGAUAUUUCCAAGAAAUUCAUUGAAUCAGAAAAGCUUACGAUGAACGAAAAUGAUAUUGCAAUGUCAGACACAAAGAAAAUAACGAAGGAUUUAGGUGUAAAAUCAUCAGAUGUUGACAGCUUGAUAGAUACAGAAAAUAAGCUUGAUGAUGCAGAUCCUAAAAACAGACAGCCAACAACUACAGAUUUAGAAACACAAAAUGAUAAAAUUCAUUCAUCAAUUGAUGAAAAUGUAUCAAAUAUUCAACAACCUGCUGAGAAAAUGGAUUCGAAUUUCAUGACAAGUCAGCAUGCUGAAAAGGAUGUAACAGAUAAGAAAUCACAAGACGAUCAUGAUACUUUGUCAUCAAAAGAAACAAGUGAGGAUUCUAUGUCACAGCAAGUGAAGACUGCUGAUGGAAAAUUAUCGGAAGUUAUUGCACGUCGUGAUGAUGCUGAUGAUGAUGAUGCGAUGAAAAUUGAUAAUGACAAAGUUCCACAGCGCGAUGAGCAAAAAGUUUCAGAUUUUAAAGGCGAAGAAGACAAAGUUAAUGAAAAACUUAAAGUUUCGGAAGCUCAACAAAGUCAAGAUGAUGAAAUUUCAGCGACAGAAGUUGACAAAGCGGAUGCAAGUAACGAAAUAUCACAAAGGGGAGAUGAUGCGACUAAAGAAAAGAAAAACUUUGAGGAACAAGAAAAAAUGGAACUUGAAGAGCUUUUACCUGGCAGUGAAAAGCGAGUUGAGGUAGAGACAAUGAAGCAGAUUUCAUCAAACGAAGAUCUAAAAGAGUUGAAAGAACAAUCAAGUGAUGAAAAGCUUAAAAAUAAAGCCAUUGAUGACUCAAAUGCUCCUCUAGAUUCAGAACAAUUGAGUACAUCAGAUGGCAAGCCACAAGAUGGACUUGGAAGCACAGAUUCAACAAUUGAAGAUCCAAAAAUAUUACAUCCAGAACUUUCUGGUUCCACUAAUGAGAGUCAGACAGGUGAAAAAUUACCAAAAGAUCCAGAAACUUCUGAUAUAAAAAACAAAGAGCCACAAAAAACUUCAACAACAGAAAUUAGUAAACAAAAUAAACCAGGAAUGUCAACUGGAGAUGAGAGAUUAGAUGCAGUUCCAUCAGAUCCUCAAAAUUCUGUCACUGAAAAUGAAAAUGAUCCAAAUAUUUCAUCUAUUACACAAAUUCCACAUUCUCAAGACUCAAAACAAACCGAAGACCCUUUAAAAUCUUCAAUUUCAUCGUCUGUAGACACAAAGCCGCCACAAAUACCUUCAAAAUCUCAACCUUUAACAUUCCAAGAUCCAACAAUUCACUCGGUAAAGCCACAAGAUUCACAAAAAUCUGACUCACAUCUCGGUAAGGAUAUCGCAAAUGCAGCAAAGUUAGGAUUAAUGGCAAUUGUUGGAGCUCCAAUUCUAGCCGGUAUGGCUGUUGCUGAUUCUGUUAAGAAUAUGAAUAGAAAAACUUCAUCAGAAAAGGAUCCAAUGGUAUUGAGUAGGAUACAGGAAUUGAGUGAAUCAAUGAUAUAUGAGAAAGGCCAUGAAGGAAAGAAGCCAAAAGACUUGGAAAUCAAUGAAAAUCUCUCACAAGAUGAGCUUGAGAAUGCUGGUGCUUUCGAUAAACGUACGAGUAGUUUUGUUGAUCCAUCGACCGGUGAUAAAGUGCCAUUUGAUGAUUUUAUUUUCAAUUGUGGUGUUUUUGAUCCGGAAUUGAUAUAUGUGAAGGAUCUAAAUACAGAUAAAUACGUUCCACUUGCUGUUGCACUAGAAAAGCUCUUAAUCGACCGAAAUACAGGAAUAAUGGUUGAACCAAAAACCGGAAAAAGAAUUCCAUUCUUCGAAUGCCUCAAACGUCAAUGGGUAAUUCAAAAAGAACCUGAAAAGCUCUUAUCAAUGAGUAUGCAAGAUGCACGAAAUGCUGGAUUAUUGGAUGAUGAAAGUGGUAAAGUUGCAGUUGAUGGAAUUUUAUUGCCUGUCAGUGAAGCACUUCAUUCAGGUGUUCUUGAGGUCGAUAAUAUAUCCAUACGUAAUUCAGACGGUGAAAUUGUGCCACUGGUAAAGGCAAUUGAGGAUGGCUCAGUGGAUUUGAAGCGUGGAAUUUUUAUAGAUCAUAAAUCGGGCGAGAAUAAGCCAUUAGAUUUACUAUUUAAGGAAGGUGAUUUAUUGGCAGGCAUAAAAAGUCCAAUCUCACUUGAGGCAGCAAUAACAUCCGGAUUAUAUGAUAAACAAUCCAACAAAUUCAAAUCAACAGAUGGCAAUUUAUUGAAUAUUCAAAAUUCAAUUGAUUCCGGUCUAAUUGAUCCAAAUAUAUCUGAGAUUAAAGACACACAAAAGGAUCAAAUUGUUCCACUUCAGAAAGCACUUGACGAUAAAUUAAUUGAAGAUGAUUUACUAAAAGAUACACAAAGUGGACAAUUAUUGUCACUUGAUGAUGCAUUGAGACAGAACUUAAUAUCAACAAAACCAAUUAAAAUGACACUCAUUGAUGUAAUUGUAAAGGAAUACUAUAAAGUUGAUAAGCAGAGAAUUUUGAAUCCAAUGAAUGGACGAUUUGAUACGAUUGAGGAUGCAAUUAAAUCAGGAUAUUUGGAUAUAGCUUCAACAUUAAUUGUUGACGAUAAAAACGAACGAGUUUUGUCUGCAAACGAUGCAAUUUCCUGUGGUUUAAUUGACACAUUCAACGGACGUCUCACGUAUCCCGAUUUAAAUCUUAAAAAUGCAUACGAACGAGGCUAUAUAUUAAGCUCGAAAAAACCAAUUUCAUUAUCCGAUGCAAUAAUUAGAAAUCUGUAUAAUCCAAUCACCGGUAAAUUGAUGCCAAACGAAAGCGGAAAUGAAAUUUCACUCGACGAUUGUAUUAAGCAUAAUGAAAUAUCUACAAAUGACUUGAUUAUCCAUGAUCCGAAAUCAAAUAACAUUAUAUCCGUAAGUGAUGCAAUAAAAAGUGGUUUAAUCGAUGCCAAAAAUGGAUGCGUAAAUGAGCCAUAUAAUGGUGAGCAACUUACGUUCAAUGAGGCUGUCGAUCGUGGCAUUAUAAUUUUAUCAAAAAGAAAAUGUUCACUACCCGAGGCUGUUUUUAAAGGUCUAUAUGAUCCAACAUCUGGAACAUUUGCAAAUACAUUGACGACCGAAAAACUUUCAACCGAACGUGCAAUCAAGCGUGGCUUUAUUGAUCCACAAUCAACGGUUGUUAACAUAGGUGGAAAAAUUCUUCCAUUUGAAUUGUCUGUCGAGACGGGAAUGGUUGAUACAAAACGGGGUACAAUCACGGAUGAAUAUGGAAAUAAAAUUGAUUUUCGUGAAGCAUUUGAUCGAGGCAUUCUCGUUGAAGUUCGUAAACCAAUUGGAUUAUAUGAAGCGUUAGUAAAGAACAUUUACGAUGAGUCGAGUGGCUUGUUUAUGGAUCCAAAAUCAGGUCAACGAUUGACACUCGAACAAGCUAUAUCGGUUAAAUUAAUUGAUCCAAACUCCGUUCAAGUAAAAGAUUCAGCAACAAAUAUCUACCAUGAUUUAUCAUUACUUGAUGCAAUUCACAAAGGUAUGAUUGAUGAUGAGUCACAUGUGAAAAUUGAUUCAAGAAAAUUAACAUUGAAACAGGCAUUUGAUUUGGGAAUAUUGUGUGAUACAAAGGCCCCAAUAAGUAUCCAGAGGGCAAUUCAUCAAGGCAUUUAUGACAGUCAAUCUGGUAAAAUUAGUGAUCCAACAACAAAUAAGAAAAUGACAUUACAUGAAGCUAUGCGCCGUUGGGUAAUAAAUCCAACAUUACCAUGUUAUUUUGAUGAGAAUGAGGAGACUUUAAUGUCAUUGAGUGAAUGUUGUCGUAUGAAGAUGAUUGAUAGACGGGAAGGUGUUUUUAAGGAACCAGGAAGUAAUGUCUUUGUUCCGUUGAAUGAGGCGUUAAAUUUAGGUCUUAUUGUCGAUAUUGAAAGUGGGGGUUUUGGACUGCAUGAGAUUCUUACAAUGAAAUUGUAUGACGUAAAUAAGAGGAAAUUCAUAAAUCCUGCAAACGGCUGCCAUAUCACCAUGACUGAUGCCAUUCAGGAUGAUUUAAUAUCGCCAAUGUUAUCCCUCGUAAAGGAUUUGGAAACGAAUUCGUACAUAAAACUCUCGGAAGCAAUAAAAAAAUCAAUAAUUGACCCACAAAAUGCCGUUUAUGUCUAUCCUCAAUCACAGGAUUCAAAACGAAUCGAUUUACAAGAAGCAAGACGUUUGGGAUUGAUUGUAAGUCACCAAAAAUUGAUAUCUCUCGAAAAUGCCAUAACAAUGGGAUUGUAUACGCCUGAAAGUGGUAAAUUUAUUGAUCCAUCAUCAAAUGAAAUAUUUGAUUUACAAGCAUGCAUUGAUAAUGGUUUGAUUGAUGUCGAUUCGACCAUCUUAAAGAACAUCUCGAGUGGUCAGGAAAUGUCAUUGAAAAUGGCAAUCGAAAAGGGUGAUGUGAAUGUUGUGAAAGGAUGUGUGAUUGAUCCUGAUUCAAAAAUGUCACGUACAUUUGAUGUUGCUUUUAAUAAAGGCUUACUAGUCUCAGUUCGUAAGCCAUUGACGGGUAAGUCAAUUGAGAGAAUUGAGAGUUUUGAAAAUAUUUUAUCGAAGCAAGAUGCUCCUUCAUCAACAUCAGCAAUGUCGUCAAAUGAAAUAUCACUCGAUGAUGCAAUAAAAUCUGGCAUUAUUGAUGCUGAAAAUGUUUUUGUUAAAGACCCUAAAACUGGUCAAUUUAUAUCGCUUUCGAGAGCAAUGAGCGACAAACAUUCGGGGGUAAUUGAUGCGCUUAAUAAAAAAAUUGCAAUUGAUCCAUCUGCAACAAGCUUAUCAUUCGAUCCAACAUGUGUUAUUUAUACGCGUAAACCGGAAUCAUUUGAGAAUGCUGUCGAAUCAGGUCAUUUAGAUUUAUCGAACGGUGUCUACAUAAAUCCCGAUAAUGCAAUAAGUUGCAACUUAAAAGAAGCAAUUACGAGUGGCUUAAUUGAUCCCGACUCAGCACUCAUAAAAGAUGGUGCAAAAGGAAAAUUGAUUCGAUUACCCGAAGCUUUUCGCAAGGGACUUAUUGACUCUGAUAAAUUUAAUGUUGUCGAUACGAGCACAUCAAAAUUACUUCCAUUAAAAUCAGCUGUUGAUGAUGCUAUUCUCAUUACACCUAAACGAUCCCUUGGCUUAAUUGAUGCCCUCAAAUACAAUCUUUAUGAAUCCGAACCUGGUUGCUUUAAAGAUCCUUUCAUCUCUACUGCUACUUCUGCCAACAAUCCGCUUAUGACUCUUAAUGAUGCUAUUACCAAAGGCCUUAUUGAUCCAUCUACAACAAUGGUGCGGGAUGUAGAUAAUAGAGAAAUAGCUCCGCUCUCAGCGGCAAUUGCUAGUGGUUUGAUAGACCCUGUCCAUGGUCGUUUAGUUAACGAUAAUGAAACUAUAGAUUUACUUAAGGCUCGUGAAAAGGGUCUUUUACUACCAGCCGAACAGCGACAAGCAGUAAUUGAAAAGUUCGCACUUUGUGAAGAAAACUUGACACACUUGUUGAAGUGGAUAUCCGAUAUUGAGAAUAAGAUUUCAUCUGUUGGCGGUCCAAGAGAACGAAUUGAUGAAUUGAGAAAUCAAAUUAAUUUGUUGAAGCAAAUCAAAGAAGACAUCGACCUUAACCAGCGCCCAGUAGCAUCAUGCUUAGAGCAAGUUCGUCAAAUCGUCCUCACUGGAAGUGACGUCUUAUCAGCCCCAGAAGUCAAUGCUCUUGAAAAUUCAGGACGUGAAUUACGUUCACGUGUCGAUCGUUCACAAGAUCGCACAUCUCGUCUCUUGAAACGUCUCGCCGGUGCUAGAGAUGAACUUACAAAGUUACAGUCAGAACUUGAGAUUUUCUCCACAUGGUUGCAAUCAGCACGUCGUACAUUGGAGGAUAAGGAACGUGCAUUGUCAGAUUUAAAUAAAUUACCAAAUCAGUCAGACACAACUAAGGAAUUUGUAAGUGAUGUUAUUGCUCAUCAAGCUGACUUGCGAUUUAUUACAAUGUCAGCACAGAAGUUUGUUGAUGAAUCAAAGGACUUCCUUGGUGUUCUUAAUGAAUUCCGUACAACAUUACCAGAAAGAUUGCCACACAUUGAACCAAUUCCAGCAUCAGAAUCACAAAUUCGUGAGGAUGUAUCACUUGUUAGUGCCCAAUAUCGUGACUUAUUACAUAGAUCAAAUGCAUUGUCAGAUCGUCUAAGUGGACUUAGCGGUCGUCAACGUGAAUAUCAAGAUAAUUUGGAGAAGGCACGUAGCUGGAUGAGAGAAAUAUCACCAAGAGUCAAUAAAUGUCUCGAUGACCAACCAGCUGCUGAUCCAUCAACAGUUCAAGAUCAAUUGAAUGAAGCUAAGGCAAUUCAUAAUGAGUUCUUAUCGCAAGGACGUCGCCAUAUGGAUAAUAUGCAACAAAGUCUUGAUUGGCUCUUAAGAUCACUUGCUGGUCAAUUAUCACCAUCAGAAAUUUCAGCAUUAGAGAUUCCAGUUGAAGAAUUAAAGGAUAAAUAUCAUCAAUAUUUGGAAGCACUUGGUGACCGUUGUAAAUUAUUAGACACAGCACUUGUUCAAUCACAAGGAGUACAAGAUGCAUUAGACGGUCUCGUCUCAUGGAUCAAUCAAUCAGAAGAUAAAUUCAAACUUAACAUGCGUCCAGCAAGUUUGAUUAAGGAACGCUUACAAGAACAAGUUCGUGAACAUCGUGGACUUCUUGCUGAUUUAGAAUCACAUCGUGCAAGUUUAGAUUCCGUUACACUUGCAGCACAAGACUUAAUGCAAUCAGCAUCUAAUGCAAGAUUGGCUAGAAAGAUUGAACAAAAGUUACAGGAUGUAAUCAGCAGAUUUGAAAAAUUACUCGACAAAGCAGUUAAACGUGGUGACUUCCUUGAUGAAACUCUUGCACAAUUGAGCAAAUUUAAUGAUGAAGGUGCAGUUUUGGAACAAGAACUUGUUGCAUUACAAGAACAAAUUGAUUCACGGGACUUGUCUAUGUUACCAGCCGAGAUCCUUGCUCAAAAGACACAAGAUAUGAUGAGAGUUAAAGAUCAAAUGAAACCAAUGUAUGAAGCAUGUGUCUCACUUGGAAAAGAUCUUAUUGGCAAGCGUGAUGUUACAGAUACAGGCAUUGUUCGUGAUCGUAUUAAGUCAUUAGAAAAUCAAUGGCGCAACUUAGAACUUGUCUUGGACGAAAAGGUAAAACUUUUUAAACAAAAAGCUGAACAAUUUAAUGCUUAUGAGUCACUUAAGGAUCAAGUACAGCAAUGGCUUGCAUCCUUUGAAAAGAGAACAUAUGGACUCGCUCCAGUUGCCAUUGACAUUGAUGUUGUUAAACGUCAAAGUGAAGAAUUGAAACCAAUGAUGAAGGAGUACCGUGAUUAUGGCAUUACAAUUGAUCGUGUCAAUGAUCUAGGUGCUCAAUAUGAUGCAUUAAUCAGACCAGAAUCACCAAAUCGUAAACGCAAUGUUUACAGUCCAAUCAAGAGAUCAACAGUCAGUCCAUACCGUUCUGAAGCUCGAUCACCAUCACCAACAAAAGGAGCUCCAUCCCCAAUGUCACCAACAUCAAGCGGUUUUGGCUCAAGAAGAUCAUCACAAGAAGGUUUCCAUUUGAGUGACAUGACACCAAUUCAGCAACAACUUAUGGAAAUUAAUAAUCGUUACUCAAUGUUGGGAGUUCGAUUGAAUGAUCGUCAGAAUGAAAUUGACACAAUUAAGGAUGAAGUUCGUCGUCAUCAAGACAAUUUGAAGACAUUGAGCACCUUCUUGGACAAGAUUCAACGUCAAGUGCCAACAAAUGUUAUUGGCAGCAAGGAUGAUGCUGAGAAAUGUACAAAACAAUCCAGAAAAGUAUUAGAGGAGAUGUAUGAGAAGCAAAGCUUAUUAGAUAGUACAAGAACGCAAGUUCGUGAUUUAUUGAAGAGGAAACCAGACGCUCAAGGCGGUGAAGCACUGCGCGUUGAACUCGAAACAGUCGUUGAAAGAUGGAAGAAUUUGAGUGAUUUAUGUAAAGAUAGAAUUGGAUCGUCUGAAAAGUUGAGAGACUUUUUAGAUACACAUGAUAAUUUGAAUUCAUGGUUGAAUUCUAAGGAGAAGAUGUUGACAGUCUUAGGUCCAAUUUCAUCAGAUCCACGAAUGGUACAAAGUCAAAUCCAACAAGUUCAAGUUCUUCGUGAAGAAUUCCGUGGACAACAACCACAAUUGACUCAUUUACAAGAUGUUGGACAUUCAUUACUCGAUAACUUACGUGAAUCAUCACCAGAAGGACAAGCUGUGUCCAAUAAACUUAACAAUAUUGAAUCAAAAUGGGAUGAUUUAGUUGGUCGAUUAGAUUCACGCGCUAAUUCACUUGGUGCUGCUGUUGAUUCCAGCAAGGAAUUCGAUGCUGGCUUAAACCGAUUAAGAGAAGCUUUACAAAAUAUUAGUGAUAAUCUCGACAGUUUGCCAUACGAUCGAGACCAUCAAGAAGCUUUGAGAAAGAUUGAAAAUCUUGAAAGACAAUUGGAAGGACAACGUCCAUUGUUGGCUGAUGCUGAACAUGCAGCUGAUGAACUUUGUAAAGUUCUUGGUGAUCCAGCAUCACGUGCUGAUGUUAUGGCAAGAAUUGGUGGUGUUGACAAACAAUAUCAAGCAUUACAAAAGAAGCUCGAUCAACGUAAAGCUGAAACUGAAGCUGCACUUCGUGAUGGUCGUCAAUUUGCAGAAACUUGUGCUCGUACAUUAGGUUGGUUGUCAUCAGAACUUUCAAGCAUGACUGAUAGACUUUUAGUCAGUGCACAUAAGCCAACAUUACAACAUCAAAUUGAUACACACGAGCCAAUUUACAGAGAAGUUAUGCAACGUGAGCAUGAAAUUAUUAUGUUGCUUAACAAAGGUCGUGAAUUGCAAGAACAACGUGGUGAUCGUAGCUUACAACGCGAUUUAGAGAAAAUUCAAAGUCUAUGGGAAAAACUCAGACGGGACACAGUCGAUCGUCAUACAAAAUUACAGUCAUGCAUGGAACAUUGCAAAAAAUACCACACAUCAUCUGAUGCAUUUAUGUUAUGGCUUAGAAAUGCUGAAGAGAAAUUAUCUAAUUUACGUCCAGGUGUCUUGAAACGUCAACAAAUUGAACAACAAUUGAAGGAUCUUCAAACAUUCCGAAGUGAAGUCUGGAAAAAAUCUGGUGAUUAUGAAUCAACAAAGUCCAGUGGAGAGACAUUCCUUAAUACAUGUGAUAUUGACAAAGAUCCAAUUAAGGCACAACUUGGUGACAUGAAAGAUCGUUGGGAGAAGUUGAAUAAUGAACUAUUGAUUAAGGCACAAGCACUCGAACAAUGCGCUCGUCGCUUGAGUGACUUUAAUGAUGAAUUAAGGCAGCUCGAUAAUUCUGUGUGCCGCUGUGAAGAUCGUUUGGCAGCUCAUGAUGCACUUGGGGGUGCAGCUAAAGAUCCAAAAUUACUCGAACGUGUUAAGACAAUUAAGGAAGACACAAUGGCACUUAAGAAGCCAUUAGGUGAGUUGAAAAAACUCGCAAACGAUAUCGGAAUGGAAACAAGAGCUUCAGGUGGUGAUGCUGAUCAUUUAUCGAAUGAAGUUGAAGCUAUUGGAGAUCGUAUUGGUGAUUUAUGUGGACGUCUUGAAGACAGAUGUGGUGAAUUACAAUCUGCAGCUACAGCAGUUCAUCAAUUUAACGAACAAGUCAAGAAUUUGGCAAUUGAUUUAUCAGAUUUGGAAAAUAAGGUUGACAGCUUGCAGCCACCAGCACGUGAAAUGAAAAUUAUUGUUAUUCAAUUGGAUGAAGUCAAUACCAUCUAUACUCAUUUGACUAGACUACAAGAUAAAGUUGCUGAUGCUCAAAGAGCUGGAGAAAUUCUUGUUGAUAAUGGUUUUGCACCUGAUACAGCACAGACACGUGAUCAAAUUACAUCACUUAAGAAGACAUUAGGACGUCUUGAAAAUCGUACACGUGAUCAUGAAGAUGCCUUGCAGCGUGCCUUAAAAUCACUUGAAAAGUUCUAUGAUGCUCAUGUAGCAAUUAUGGAAGAUUUGCAAGAAGUUGCUAAAGAAUUGAAAACAUUGAAGGCAGUCUCAAGUGAUUUAGAUCAAAUUCGUAACCAACAAGAUGAUUUCCGUCGAUUCCGUACACGUGUUGUUGAGCCACUGGCACAAAAUGUCGAUGGUGUCAAUAAGCUAGGACAAGAUUUAGUCAGAUCAGCGCAAUCAGGUGUGUCUACAAAUCAACUCGAAAAAGAUCUUGAAAAAAUGAACGAAAAAUGGAAUGAAUUAAAGGAAAAGAUGAAUGAACGUGAUCGUCGAUUGGAUGUUGGACUUCUUCAGUCUGGUAAAUUCCAAGAAGCACUCGAUGGCUUCUCGAAAUGGCUCAGUGAUGCCGAAGAAAUGGUUGAAAAUCAAAAACCACCAUCAGCUGACUACAAAGUUGUUAAGGCUCAACUUCAAGAACAAAAAUUCCUUGUCAAGAUGUUGUUGGAUAGACAAACUUCACUCUCAUCACUUGUCAGUUUAGGACAGGAAGUUGCAGCUGGAUGUGAUCCAACUGAGAAGCAGAGAAUUGAGAAACAAAUGAAAGACUUGAUGAGAAGAUUCGAUAAUCUUACAGACAAGACCCAACAGCGUACAGAAGUUCUUGAACAAGCUAUGCUAAUUGCCAGACAAUUCCAAGACAAAUAUCAACCAUUAAACAAAUGGCUCGAUGGUGCUGAAAAAUCAGUCAAAUCUAUGGAAUUAGUUCCAACUGAUGAAGAGAAGAUCCAACAACGUAUCCGUGAACAUGAACGCUUACAUGACGAAAUCAUAAGCAAGAAACCAGAAUUCUCAGAACUUGCUGAUGUUGCAUUUGAAUUGAUGAAAUUAGUUGGUGAUGAUGAAGCAGCAGGUCUCGGUGAAAAAGUCAAAGUUACCACAGAACGUUAUACAGACUUGGUUAUGGCCAGUGAGAGUAUUGGAAAUCUUUUAGACCAAUCACGUCAAGGUUUACGUCAUCUUGUUUUGACAUAUCAAGAUCUUGUCGCAUGGAUGGAAUCAAUGGAAAGUCGAUUAAAUCAUUUCAAGAUUGUCCCAGUCCAUACAGAGAAGUUAUUAGAACAAAUGGAUCUUCUUGUUGACUUAAAUGAAGACAUUGCAUCCCGUGCACCAAAUGUAGAAUCAACAGUAGAUGCUGGUUCAGAACUUAUGAAGCACAUCACAAGCGAUGAAGCAUUGCAAUUAAAAGACAAACUUGAUUCAUUGCAACGACGUUAUGGAGAUCUUGCAACUCGUGGUGGUGACUACUUAAAACGAGCACAAGACACAUUGCCAUUAGUUCAACAAUUCCAUGAAUCACACAUCCGAUUACUUGAUUGGAUGCAAAUGGCUGAAUCUACAUUGGCUUCAGGAGAGACACGAGAAAAUGACAUUAUGAGACUCGAAAGUGAUUUACUUGAAAUGCGUCCAAUUUUGGAAACAAUCAACACUGUUGGUCCACAACUUUGCCAAACAUCACCAGGUGAAGGUGCUGGAACAAUUGAGGCACUUGUCACACGUGAUAAUCGCCGAUAUGAAGCAAUUGUUGAACAAAUUCAACGUAAAGCUGAACGUUUACAUCUCAGCAAACAACGCAGUAAGGAAGUCACAACUGAUAUUGAUGAAUUGCUUGAAUGGUUUCGUGAUGUAGAUGCUAACUUACGUGAUGCAGAUCCACCAGCAAUGCAACCAAAAUUAGUUCGUGCACAGUUACAAGAACAUCGUUCUAUUAAUGAUGAUGUCAGCAGUCAAAAGGGACGCGUUCGUGAUGUUACAAGUUCAGCUAAAAAAGUCUUGCGUGAAUCACAGCCAAGUGAAAAUACAUCAACAUUGCGUGAGAAGCUCGAAGAUCUUAAGGAAAUUGUCGAAACUGUUUCAUCACUUUGUGCUGAACGAUUGUCAAUUUUGGAACAAGCAUUGCCAUUAUCUGAACACUUUGCUGACUCUUACAAUGGAUUUUCAGGAUGGCUUAAUGAAAUGGAACAUCAAAUUUCAUUGCUUGCUAUGCCUGCAUUGAGACCAGAUCAAAUUGCUAUUCAACAAGACAAAAAUGAACGACUUAUGCAGUCAAUUUCAGAUCAUAAGCCAUUACUUGACAAGUUCAAUAAGACCGGAGAAGCACUUGGAAGCCUCGUUGCUGAUGAUGAUUCCGUUAAGAUUCAGGAAUUACUUGACACUGUCAAUCAACGUUAUGCUGCUUUGAAGACCGAAUUACGUGAACGUCAACAAGCAUUAGAGCAAGCUUUACAAGAAUCAUCACAAUUUUCUGACAAGCUUGAAGGUAUGUUAAGAGCUCUUGCAAAUACAGCUGAUCAAGUCAAUCAAGCUGAUCCAGUGUCAGCACAUCCACCAAAGAUUCGCGAUCAAAUUGAAGAUAAUGCAGCUCUUGUUGAUGAUUUGGAUAAGAGAACUGAUGCAUAUACAGCAGUUAAACGUGCAGCUAAUGAUGUUAUUAAUAAGGCAAACAACCAACAAGAUCCAGCAGUUAAAGAUAUUAAAAGAAAAUUGGAGAAACUUAAUGCAUUAUGGAACGAAGUUCAGACAGCAACAAGCAAACGUGGUGCCAAUUUAGACGAUACAUUGAAGAUUGCUGAGAAAUUCUGGAAGGAAUUACAAGGUGUCAUGAGCACUUUAAGAGACUUGAAAGAAUCACUCGAAUCUCAAGAGCCACCAGCUGCUCAACCACAAGCAAUUAAGAAUCAACAAGUUGUUUUACAAGAAAUUCGUCAUGAAAUUGACCAAACAAAACCAGAAGUUGAGAAAGUCCGCAAGACUGGAGGUAGUUUGAUGUCACUUUGUGGUGAACCAGACAAACCAGAAGUCAAGAAACAUAUUGAAGAUUUGGAUCAUGCUUGGGACAACAUUACAGCAUUGUAUGCUAAGCGUGAAGAAAAUCUUAUUGAUGCUAUGGAGAAGGCAAUGGAAUUCCAUGAAACUCUUCAGAAUCUUUUGAAGUUCUUGGCUAAAGCUGAAGACCGAUUUGCUCAUUUGGGACCAAUUGGAAGUGACAUUGAUGCCGUUAAGAAGCAAAUUGAGCAAUUAAAGCAUUUCAAAGACGAUGUUGAUCCACACAUGGUUGAAGUUGAGGCAUUGAAUAGACAAGCAAUUGAACUCACUGAACGAACAUCAUCGGAACAAGCGGCAGCAAUUCGCGAGCCACUUCAUGCUGUCAAUAAACGAUGGGAGAAUCUCUUACGCGGCAUGGUUGAUAGACAGAAACAACUUGAACAUGCUUUAUUGCAUCUCGGACAGUUCCAACAUGCACUUAAUGAACUUCUCGUUUGGAUUAGUAAGACAGAUUCAACACUUGAUCAACUCAAACCAAUUCCUGGUGAUCCACAACUUUUAGAAGUUGAACUUGCUAAAUUGAAAGUUUUGGCAAAUGAUGUUCAUGCACAUCAGAGCUCAGUUGACACAUUGAAUGAUGCUGGCCGGCAAUUGAUAGAGACAGAUCGUGGAUCUCUUGAAGCAUCAACAACACAAGAAAAAUUAAAGACACUCAAUAAACAAUGGCGUGACUUAUUACAGAAAGCAGCUGACCGUCAACAUGAAUUGGAAGUUUCAUUGCGUGAAGCACAAAGCUUUACAGCUGAAGUACAAGAUUUACUUGGAUGGUUGGGUGAUGUUGAUGGUGUAAUUGGUGCCAGCAAACCUGUUGGUGGCCUGCCAGAAACAGCAUCAGAACAAUUGGAAAGAUUCAUGGAAGUGUUUAAUGAACUUGAAGAAAAUCGUCCUAAAGUUGAGUCACUCUUAUCUCAAGGUGCUGAUUACAUCAAGAAACAAAACCAAUUGAAUGUCACUUCAAGCAAUUUGCAACAUAUUUUAAGAACAUUGAAGCAAAGAUGGGAAGCAGUUAUCGCAAGAGCAAACGAUAAGAAGAUUAAACUUGAAAUUGCCCUCAAGGAAGCAACAGAAUUCCACGAUUCAUUACAAGCAUUUGUUGAAUGGCUUACCGUUGCUGAGAAACAAUUAACUGCAGCACCGCCUGUAUCAAGAGUCUUGGAAAUAAUUCAACAUCAAAUGGAAGAACACAAAGUACUACAAAAAGAUGUUUCAAUUCAUCGUGAAGCAAUGUUGUUGCUUGACAAGAAAGGAACACACUUGAAAUAUUUCAGUCAAAAGCAAGAUGUCAUUUUGAUUAAAAACUUGUUGGUAUCCGUACAACAUCGAUGGGAACGUGUCGUUGCUAAAGUGACUGAAAGAACAAGAGCAUUGGAUCAUGGCUAUAAAGAAGCACGUGAAUUCCACGACAGCUGGCAACAACUUACAUCAUGGUUGAAGGAAACAGAAGUGACACUUGAUACUCUUGAAAAGGAAUCGCAAGCAACAAAUGACCCAAUAAAGAUUAAAAAGCAUCUUGAAAAGAUUCGUGAGACACAGCGUUCAUUGUCAGGCAAACAAGGACUUUAUGACCAAACUAUGAGAACUGGUCGUGGCUUGAUGGAUCGUGCACCAAAAACCGAUGAAGUUGUUCUCAAUAGAAUGCUUAAUGAAUUGAAGGAAAGCUGGACACGCGUAUGCUCAAAGAGCGUUGAACGACAAAGAAAAUUGGAAGAAGCUUUAUUACUUUCUGGUCAAUUCUCUGAAGCACUUCAAGCUCUUCUUGAAUGGCUGAGAAAGACACGAAAUCUAUUGUCAGACGAUGGACCAGUUUAUGGUGAUUUGGAUACAGUAACUGCCUUAUUUGAUCAACACAAAAAUCUAGAAUCAGAUCUUGAAAAGAGAUCAGCACAAAUGAAUCAAGUAUUAAAAACAGGACGGGAUCUUGAAAAGUCCGAUGACACUCGCGAGACAGCAAAGCAUAUGAAGGAACUACAAAAAUUAUGGGAAGAUGUGCAAUCACUGGCUGGGAAGCGAAAAUCUAAAUUAUCAGAUGCAAUGCGCGAAGCUGAACGACUCCAUAAACACGUUCAUAUGCUUCUCGAGUGGCUCUCAGAAGCAGAGCAAAAAUUACGUUAUGCAGCUGCUCUCCCAGACGAUGAAAUCGCUACUCAACAGCUUAUUGACAUUCAUGCCAAAUUUACCCGUGAAUUGCGCGAAAAGGAACGUGAAAAAGAAGAGACAUUGAGAAUUGCAAAUUCAAUUUUGCAGAAAGCACAUCCAGAUGCAAUUCCAAUCAUCAAGAAUUGGAUAUCCAUUAUUACAUCAAGAUGGGAAGAAAUAUCUCAAUGGUCAUUGUCACGCGAAACUAAAUUAAAAUCACAUUUACAAGCACUUAAGGAUUUGGAGAAUUCAAUUGAGGAAUUACUAAGAUGGCUUUUGGGAUUGGAAUCAACAUUAUUGACAUUGGAGGGUGAAGCAUUACCCGAAGAAAUUCCACCAGUUGAGGAGUUGAUUAAUGAUCACAAAGAAUUUAUGGAAAAUACAGCACGAAGACAGCCAGAAGUAGAUAGAGCAUGCAAACCUAAACUACCAGUAUCACAGCCAAUGAAAGACCACAGAAAGCCAUCAAGAGCAUCAGUAUUAAGAACACCAAUUAGGGGUUCACAACAAGAUCUGAGAGAAGGCUCACCAGAUCGUAGCACUUUGGGUCGUAAGCAGAGCUUUAAAGGCUCAAAGGAUGCCGGCCUUAAUCAGAGACGAACAAGCCGUAUCAGUCCAAUGCGUGAUGGUCAAACACCAGAACGUGAUCGCUUGCCACAUUAUGGACCUAGAUUCUCGCCCAGUGCUACCAGUGUUGAGCCAGAAAUGCGUUCACUCCGAGCAAAACUCUUAUGGGAUAAAUGGCGUCACGUAUGGAUGUUGGCAUGGGAUCGUCAGAAGAGAUUACAUGAUCAUUUGAUGUACCUGCAAGAACUUGAACGUGUUCGACAAUUCAGUUGGGAUGAUUGGCGUAAGAGGUUCCUGAAAUUCAUGAAUCAUAAAAAAUCGCGCCUCACAGACUUGUUCCGUAAAAUGGACAAGGAUAAUAACGGUCUUAUACCACGCGACGUAUUUAUCGAUGGCAUUAUUAAUACGAAAUUCGAUACAUCACGAAUGGAAAUGGGUGCUGUUGCGGAUCUCUUUGAUCGUAAUGGUGAGGGAUUAAUUGAUUGGCAAGAAUUUAUUGCUGCUUUGAGACCCGAUUGGCAAGAACGUAAACCAGCAAAUGAUGCUGAUAAGAUUCACGAUGAAGUUAAGCGUUUAGUCAUGUUGUGCACAUGUAGGCAGAAGUUCCGUGUAUUCCAAGUUGGUGAAGGAAAAUAUCGAUUCGGCGACAGUCAAAAAUUGAGAUUAGUAAGAAUUCUAAGAAGUACAGUCAUGGUUCGUGUUGGCGGUGGUUGGGUAGCCCUAGAUGAAUUCCUCGUCAAGAAUGAUCCCUGCCGAGCCGAAGAACAUCUUGCUGAAUUAAUGCCGAUAUUUGAGCAAUUGCGUGCACAAGGUGACUUGCCUUGCACAUAUCCUUUACACGUUACAUCAUUUGGCACAGCUUUUAUACGCGGUGGCAGUCGAUCGACGCCAUUGAGUCCUCAUGCACCACAUUGUCAUCCAUCGACGCAUUGGGUACGUGAGCGUUCAUCAAGAUCCAUGGCUAUGUCACGUCCAUCCAGAUCAUCAUUGUCAGCAUCAACGCCUGAUUCUUUGAGCGAUAAUGAAGGCAACAGCUCACGUGGAUAUACACCUAGAAAGUCGUCUGUCGGCUUGAGAACCGGCAUCACACCAGGCGGCUCUCGAGGCAACUCAAAACCCAAUUCCAGACCAUUGAGUCGAAAUAACUCAAGACAUGGCUCGAACCUCUCACUAAAUAGCAACGAUGAUGGAACACCGACAAGGAUUCCAACACGAAGAGUAAUCACCUCAACACCAGCUCGACCUGCUAGAUUAUCUGUUGGUUCUGCUAUUAAAUCAAAUGGUACAACUCAUACGCCAUCUGGAUCUGCUAGUCCUGCACCCACAAGGAACGGAAACGGCAUGAGUCGAUCAUCGAGUAUACCGACACUAUCAGGACUACCGACACCUAGUCGUCCAUCUAAGAUACCAGUAAGACAACAUUCAAAUCUCUCCAACUCAUCGUCAGCUGCCGGACGAAACUUGAGUGGAUCGUCAACGCCAUCAGGAAUGCAGACGCCGAGAAAAGGAAGCGUUGAGCCACAAUACGAAAGACGUUCAUCGCGUGGUACAACGCCGUUGGACAAACGAGAACCAUUUCGACUAUAAGAAUCAUCAUCUUUAAGAACAUUGAGAAUUAUUCACUAAAACUAUUUUCAUCAUCAUCUCAUUGCUGUAUAAGAACUGUGCUUACGCGUGUAUUUUGAUGCUCAUAUUGACUAAUGGUGACCUUUUAUAGGAAUUAAACCAGAUUAUUGACUGGGGACCAUUUAAUUCCAUUGAGAUGUGACCAUUUGAGGAGAGGAUUGUAAAAAUAAAAUUAUACAGCAAUAAAAAGAACGAAGACGAUGAUGAUGAAAAAUGAGAAACAAAUAAAAAGUCAAAACCACUUUAAGAUAAAUCAAACAAAAACCAAUCAACCGACUAAGAAAAAAAAAAUAAAUAAAAAAUCGAACGAAAGUAUUUUUUGUUACAUAAUUUUUAAGCUUUUUUUCUACAAUAUUUUUUUAUUUUCCGCAAAAAUAAAUAAGGAAAAAAGAGUUUCUUUAUCAUCCUUUGAGAAUUUGAGAGCUCAAUCAACGUUCAUUCUCAUUUCUCCCUUUUUUAUGUUUAUGUUACAUAUACUCUUACAUGUGGGCAUGUCUUGAUUGAGUCUCUUUGAAGAGAAAAUAUUUUUACCACAAGAAAUAAGGAUGAUAAGGAACGACUGUAGCUCGUAAGAAGCAAAAAAAAAGAUGAAUUACUAAAAGACUAAUAGGGGAAUUUUUACCGAAUACAGAAAAAAAAGGUUUUUAACACAAUUAUAAAUAAAAAUUGAUGAAAAUGUUAUCGAAAACUAAUUUUUUUUGUCGCUCUUAAAACAAUUAAAAGAAAAAAAAAUGUUAUUAAGCAAAAUGAUUUUUAGUCGCUAAAAUUAAAUCAAGAAUUAAUCUUAAUCAAUUGUAUUUUUUCGCUUAAUUUGUAUAAACACAUAAAAUUAAUUUAAAUAUAAAAAAAUUUCAAAAUCAUUUCUUCAAAAACAAUAUUGGCAAGUAAGCUUGAUGGAUUAAUGGGGCGGAGUUAAAAUUCCAAGAUGCUCAAAAAUCAUUGAGAAGAAUUACUUAAAAGAAUCCUCAUAAAUUCAAACUUCAUUCAUAUUUUUCUACUUGUAACUUACUUAUAGUCACCAAAGAAGUGACAUUCUACAUAAAGUAGACUAGUUUGAGAAUUUUAUUCUGAAAAAAAAUGUUAUAUUGAAUUAGAAAAUUACAUGAAUAGCUUUAAUAGGGACAAACAGAAACUUCGAUCACAGAUCAGUUCAUUAACAUUUAAGAAUAAUUCAAACAGGAAAGUGACUAGCUAGAUGAGAAUAUUUUUAAACGAUUUUAGAAUGACGAGAAGAAAUGAAUUCUCACAAAUAUUUGCAAUAAAUUUCCAAAUGAAAUUUUUUUUGCAGGGAUGGGGAACUGAGAAAUUACAGAUUGAACACUUAUAAUCAUUUUUGAUCAUUUCUAUCAUUUUUGAACACUUUUGAUAAUUUUUGAUCAAUUUUAAUCAUUUCCGAUCGUUUCCAACCAUUUCGAUCAGUUCCACACCCCUGGAUUUCAUGACUAGUGUAGUAUAUUCAAAUUAUGCCAUUUUAGUGAAUAUGCUUUGUUCAAAAUAAUCACCAUCCCCGCCCCAAAAUCCAUCAAAAUUAAAGUUUUUUAAAUUUUCUACUUAAAAAUACCAUCCAAAAUUUUUAAAUAAAUUUGAAAUUUGAAGAAGUUGAGCAAAAAAAUUCUAAAAAAAAAUUGCCGAAC